GAGCUCGAAGGGUUCAGAUCAUUCUGUCAGGGUGGACUUUUGUCAAGGUGUUCAUCAAUUAAAUAGCAACCAUGCCACGGUAUCUUCCCUCCGUGUUGGCUAAGUUAGCGCUGAUUUAUUUCUUAUUUAGUUAUAUGGAAUGCGGCCCUUGGGGAAUCUUAUUUUGGCUUUUGCUUUUAAGGCAGAUACUCCGAGUCGCCUGUGGUUCUUCAUUCCCUGUCCCUUCGUUGCUCUUUGUAGUCCCCUAAAAAUAAUAUCGAGUCAUUCUACUCUCCAGAGCAUAAACCACACUCGUUUCAUCAAAAAGUACUGCAGCUAUGCAACUGAUCAUUAGCUCCGUUUUCCUACUUUCAGCUAUCAAGUUAUCUUUCGGGGCUACCACCGGAGAUACCUCAGAAGUCUCCUUGUAUCAAAAUUAUGAGGGGGUCAUUCCAAAUGUCAAAUCUGCCAUGUUGGCUUCCAUCAGAACCAGCUGGGAACAAGGAACCGCAGCGGGAGGUAUCCUCGAAUACGACAACCCUGAAUACUCCGUUUUCGGCCGAUCGCCAUUUACCUCCAAUGGUAAAGAGCCAAUCUCAGCUCUCCAACUUGCAUACAGUGCAGCAGUCCGCCAAACUGCCGACGGUCGACUUAGUCAAAACAUUGGUGAUGCGUUGGAUGGGGCAGCCCUCGACGGUGCAUCCGCAGGGUCUGUGGUGCUCAUGGGUAGCUUCACGGACGAAUCCCGCAAGGCGUACUGGCUUAAUGCCUCUGAAGCAGAACUCAACUAUAUUCUGAACGUUGCACCACGUACUUCCACUGGCGCAAUUUCUCACAGAGCAGAUUCACGUCAAUACUGGGCUGAUGGUGUAUACAUGGGCUUUCCCUUCAUCGCUUACUACGGAGCAGUCACACAAAACCAAACUUUACUUCAAAUCGCGUAUGAUCAGUGCCGCCUCUAUCGUGAUGCACUCCUGCUCGAUGGACCCACUGGAAAACUAUGGGGACACAUCUACUCUGAUGACACCAAAACCUGGACCGACAAAGGACUUUGGGGAACCGGCAAUGCGUGGGCUGCACUCGGUAUGUUGCGCGUUGCAGUCACAAUACAAAAGGCCAACUGUGGUAGCGGUAUGACGGGCCAGGUGUCUGACUUGAUGGCCUGGGUCAAGGAAAUUCUCGAUGGCGAGUUCGCAGCACUGACCUCGGAGAACCUCAUUCCAGACUAUGUCAUCGGUGGACCUACCUUCGACGAUGCCUCCGCAUCGGCUGCUCUGGCCUCCGUUGCCUAUCGCUCUGUUACGCUUUUCCCUCACCAAUUUGGCUCGAACUAUACCACUGUCGCAAACAAGCUCCGGGAUGCUGUGCUAAGCAGAGUCACAAAUCUUGGAACAUUGAGCCCUGUCGUCGACCCUCUCAAUUGGGAUGCACAAGGACUGCUGUCCACUGAAGCACAGUCUUUCGCUCUGAUGAUGUUCUCUGCGUGGAGGGAUGGUCUUGGUCUCUAGUUUUUUGCGCUUUCGUAUCUUUCGGUGUUUAUUAGCAUGUUAUACCAACCUGUGAUUAUACCGGUGUUAUUCAGUUGAUCUUAUUCUCCUUAUGGCCUUACAUUUAUACCGCAAAGAAUUGGUGUACCUAGUUGACAAUCUCAGAUUCAUUGCUGAUGUUUGCUUUAUAUUGCUGGCCAUCUGAUUUUUGGUAAACCCUUGCAAGGACUUGUAAGGUUUC